AUGCGCCUAGUUAACACAAGAGAGUCCGACUCGGGCAGCUUCAACAUCGAAGAAUUCACAGACUAUAACGCUCCGCCAUAUGCUAUCCUCUCCCACACUUGGGAGCAAGAGGAAGUCAGUCUGCAGGAUAUGCAAGGAUAUGGCGCGAAGAAAAAGAAAGGAUUUGACAAAAUCACACGAUGUUGCGCUCUUGCUCUAGCCAGCGGGUUCAACUAUGUCUGGAUAGACACAUGCUGCAUCGAUAAAGCAAGCAGCGCAGAACUCUCGGAAGCCAUCAACUCGAUGUACAGUUGGUAUGAAGAAGCCGAAAUAUGCUAUGCGUAUCUUGCAGAUGUACCAUCUAAAUGUGAAUUCAAAAAGAGCAGAUGGUUUACUAGAGGGUGGACCCUUCAGGAACUUAUUGCUCCUGGAAACAUUACGUUCUUUGAUGAGAAAUGGAAAGAGCUCGGGCAUAAGAAAGACCUUCAACUUCAACGUAUCGUGUCUGACUGUACCCGUAUACCUAUUGGUAUUCUCUCUGGAGAGGAUGAUCUCGACACAUUUAGUGUCGCUCAGAAAAUGUCUUGGGCUGCAAAGAGAAAAACAUCUAGAGUUGAAGAUUGGGCCUAUAGCCUUAUGGGAUUGUUUGGCGUCAACAUGCCAUUGAUAUAUGGUGAACGAGAAACCUCUUUCAUCAGGCUACAGGAAGAGAUUAUGCGUAUAUCGGAUGAUCAUACCAUUUUUGCCUGGCAACACAACGACCAUCGGGCCGGGCUACUAGCCACCUCCCCAGCUGCAUUCGCCAAUUCUUAUAAUAUCAUCCAAUCUAAUCAGUUUGGCUCCGUUGGCAAUCCUCCUACUAUAAGUAGUAGGGGUAUCUAUUUGGAACUUCCCUUCUUAGGGAUAAAUUGCGGAGGGGUGGGACUCGCGAUCCUCCAAUGCAAAGAUCAAACUGAUAAAGACGACCUCAGGCUCAUUGCUAUUUAUGUGAAAGAUUUGUCCUUCACAAUGGAACGCUUUAUGAGAGUUAAGAGUGAUACUUGGGAGGAAGUUAUUCUUAAAAGAUUUCGACCUUCCCAGUAUCCAGUCAGAAGAAUAUGUAUCCAAGUCAGUCGCAUAACCCGGAAGAUGAGGUGGACUCGAGAAAAUCGGGAUAAUUAUGCGGGCUUUUGGAGCCACGAUGAGUUGUCUGAGUUGAUGAACUUCGAAAACGCAACGGCCUUACCACAAGCCGCCGAAAACGGAGACGAUGGACUUGUAUGGCUUCUCUUGACACGAAGCGACGUCGACGUCGAAACAGAAGCAAAAGAUGAUUCUGGUCGCGCGGCGCUUUCUUUGGCGGCCCAGUACGGACAUGAGGGUAUCGUUAAGAUGCUGCUUCAGAGGGGGGCUUUAGUCGAUGCGAAAGAUCGUGGCAAUCAGACACCGCUAUCAUGGGCGGCCACAAAUCAACAUCAUGGUAUUGUUAAAAUCUUACUUGAGAGGGGUGCUGCGGUCAAAAAUGAUAGAGCCUUCGAGCAGAUGCUGUUGUGGGCCGUUAAAAAUGGUUACGAGGCAAUUAUCUGGUCACUACUUAGCUGGGGUUUCGCUAUCGAUGAGAAAAGUCUUCUGUCAUAUCUAUCAUCUGCUGCUGCAAAUGGGCAUGAAAAUGUCAUUAAGGUUUUACUCGAGAAACACGAUGGACCGCAUGCCAGACGCCUCGAGUCACUUCUAUUACAUGCUGCUCGGUAUGGACUUGAGGACAUCUCUAAGCUGCUACUUGACAGAGGCAUUGGUUUAAGAGCAAGGGAUGCUGCUGAUCAGACUCCCCUACAUCGUGCUGCUAUUGGUGGAUUUGAAGCGAUUGUUGUACUGCUUCUUGAAAGAGGCGCUGAAAUAGACGCGAAAGAUGAACAUUCCUGGACUCCCCUACAUCGUGCUGCUAUUGGUGGAUUUGAAGCGAUUGCUAAACUGCUUCUUGAGAGAGGCGCUGAAAUAGACGCGAAAGAUAAAUCUUCAUGGACACCCCUGCAUUUUGCUACUAAGGGGGGCAAGAGCACGACUGUCGAGAUGCUACUUGGAAGAGGCGCUGAUUUAGACGCACAAGAUGAACAGUGUCGAACGCCUCUGCACAUUGCUGCUCUGUAUGGGCGUGAGAGGAUUGCUAAGAUGCUACUUGAAAGGGGCGCCGAUUUAGAAGCGAAAGCUGAGCAUUCUUGGACACCCCUACAUAUGGCAGUUGAGUGGGGGAAGAAACAGACUGUCGAAUGGUUACUUGACAAAGGGGCUGAUAUAGAGGCAAAGACUGAUAGAGUGAAGUACAUGGCUCCAUCAGAUUGGGACCAUUUUGAGACGCCCCUGAGCUUGGCUGCCUUGCGUGGGCACAGGAGGAUUGUUCAGUUGCUACUUGAAAGAGGCGCUGAGGUCGACGCAGAAGUUGAUGCGGAGGAUUGCGAUGGCUGGAGGCCGCUGUGGCAGAGAGUGAAAGUAUCUCAUCCAGAAAUUGCUGAGCUCUUGCCCAGAGAUGAGAAUCAAAAUCAUCGCCCUCUAUUGCGAAAGACGAUUGAAAAAGGAGGUCAGGUAUUUUCCAAGCUGCGUCAUAUAGGUGAGGGCCGCCUCUAG